AUGAAGCUCAACCUCAUCAUUGCAACCCUCGCGGCCACCGCUUUCGCCGCGCCACGCGCGAGCGACAUGGUCGCCGCCGAGGCGAACAUCGAAGCCCGCGCCGACAACUGCUUCUUCGCCUCGCAGUGCGCGACGUUCUGGAGCGGCAAUGCUGCUGCAAGGUUGCAUGAGCUGCGAAGCCGCCUCCUCCCCAUCCCCGGAUCGAGGGCGCGCAGAGUUGUCACCAAGCACUCGGAGGACCUGAUCAAGGGUAUCUGUAGCAGCCGCCGUACGGGGCCAUCGGAGAUUUGGAAUGAGCGAAAGUGUCUGUCGUACCAUCGAGACGGGGGAUCAGGAACUCAGGAUGACAUGAGGGAUGCUAUGCUUGCACAUUCGUGUGGUAGGGCUCUCGGUCUAGCUUGA